AUGGUCCGCAUCACGUUAGCCGUGGGCGCGGCUGUCUGCGCAUCCCCUACCGUAAACCAUGUACACAAGCACAAGGAAAGCCUAGGCAACAACUCGGUCCAAAAGGCUGAGCGAGUGCACUGCUACUGUACUGUACUGUGCUGUACUGUACUAUACUGCGCCGGUGGCCGUGGUGGAGGGGAGGAAGCGUCAAGUGCGGCGUGCAUCUGA